GCACAUAGAUAUAGGUGCAUAUCUGAUAUAUUAUAGAUAUAUAUAAAUACGGGUAGGAAGGCAGGAGGCCGGCAGAGAGGCAGGUUGAGCCAAACAGACAUACAGGCAGUCUGACAGACAGACAGCCAGGCAGACAGGCAGGCAGGAUAAACACAGACCGACGGACAGAUAGCCAGGCAGGCAGGCAGUGACAACAGAAAGGAAGGAAUACCAUUGCUAUUUACACGGCUUAACAGAUAGAUGGCAUUCACAUCGUUCCGGUUUUGGUCGACGACAGUAGCGGUCUUUGUGCUGUGUUGGAUAUUAUCAAGCGCUUAUCGUAUAGAUCCGUGCAGCAAAUACACACCGUAUCGUAUUGUUGCACUUUGCAUAUGGCGUGAUCGAUCUAAGCGAGCCCUGACGCAGGCGAUUGAGCAGCCUCAGAGCAUCUUUCCAAAGAAAGCUAGUGGUAUUGUCCAAGACGAAUCAACCAUUAUGACGCACCAAAAACGACGAACAAAUGAAAUCAACUACAUGACAAAUGCUUUCGUUCCCGUUGUCAAACGAAGAUGGUCGGCCGUGCGCAUGCUCGCCGAUUCUUGCUGUCGAUCAAACUGUGACAUUUUCAAAAUCUGCCCCUGACGAAAGCAACGUAGUCCUACCUACCUCCACUAGCAACGAUGGCGUACCUCUUGUUGCCAAGUUUAUCCAUCACAACGACAUCCAAACAACCAUUGUUAUGAAAUCCCUCCUCUCUCUCUCUCUUCCUCUCUCUCAAACUGCUGCUUAACCUUUGUUCUUGAUAACUGCUGUAUUUCAAAUGCCACUUAGCGAUCAUGUUACCCAAAUGUUCAGUAUAUUUGCUGCUCCUUUGAACCUCUAAUUGUGUAAAAAAAAAUAAUAAAAGACCAUUAAAUUAUGAAAGAAAUUGCCAAAAA